UUACGAUAAAGGUAUUUUGACAUUUUAUUUAAUUCCAAUAAAAUGACUACAAAGGCCGAAUUUAAGCAAGAUAUGCCCCCGCCUGGGGGCUACAAAAAUAUUCCUUACAAAAGAGUCCCGGCCAAAUCAUUCUUUGGAGGAUGGGCAAUAAUUGGGGGCUAUUUAGGGAUGACGGCAGGAGCCUCGUAUCUAUAUUAUUUAAAUUGCAAAGCAGUGAAAAUCAGACAAUUAGAAAUGCAUAGCGCUAGCUUAGCAAUUUAUCCAAUGUUGCUGGCGGAAAGGGAUAGAGCUUACCUGAAUCAAUUGAGAAAGAAUCGAGACGAAGAAACGAAAUUAAUGGCCAACGUUGAAGGUUGGAAAACUGGUACCUGGUACGGAGAACCGAUUUACCACACCGUUCCUAAGAAUACCUUAAUCGAACCUAAUUACCAAGAAUUUUAUGUACAUUCUUCUUAUAAUGAUUUUAAGUACAGAGCCCAUUUGGCAUUAUUAUCGUAAUGUCUGGCUCUUUUUGUAAUUUAGUUAAUAUAGAUGUAAUUAUAAAUGGGUUAUUUUUAUUUUUAAAACCAUUUGUAUAAUAAGAAAGGUUAAGAAAUUCAAACAAAUUUUAACCUUUAAAAUUUUAAUAAAACUGUUUUGCGUUAUAAAGUUGUGACUUAUUUAAUUAAAUAUAACUGUUCAUUUAUAAAUCUAUUAUUAUAUUCUUCUUUACUCAUUGUA